AUGGACACACAAGACGGUACCGACGAGAAGGAACGCCAGGAUACAGGCCCUUCACAGACAAAGUCGAAUGACUUCCCAGACGGCGGUCUCCGUGCAUGGCUCGUAGUAGUCGGAGCGUUCUUUGGACUAUUCACGAGCUUCGGCUGGACAAACUGCGUGGGCAUUUUCCAGGCAUACUAUCAAACCCACCAGCUGCGGACCUUGUCGGCAAGCACAGUGUCGUGGAUUCCUGCCAUAUCUAUGUUCAUGAUGUUCAUUACGGGCCCCUUUGUUGGCCGGCUAUUUGAUGCAUACGGACCCCGAUGGCUUCUCCUCACAGGAUCCCUGCUACACGUAUUCGGACUAAUGAUGGCUUCGCUGUCCUCGCAAUACUACCAGUUCAUUCUUUCCCAAUCGAUCUGCAGCCCCCUUGGCGCAAGCAUGGUUCUCUACUCCUCGUUCAAUUGCGUGGCGACCUGGUUUCGCCAAAAGCGCGCUCUGGCAAUGGGCAUUACCGCGAGCGGCUCAAGCCUAGGUGGCGUUAUCAUGCCGAUCUUGGUUGAUCACAUCAUCACGCGACAUGGUUUUGGUUGGGCGAUGCGUAUAUGCGCCUUCUUGAUGCUGGGAUUGCUGGCCGUGACGAAUUUGACUGUUCGCUCGCGUUUGCGGCCGAAGCCCACGGCUUUGACUUUGACUAGUUACUUCAAGGGGUUUACUGAUGUGCCCUUCGUCCUGGUGACAAUGGCGAGCUUCUUAUAUUCGAUGGGGAUGUUUAUUCCUAUUACCUACAUGGUCACAUACGGCGAGCAUGUGGAGAUGAGUACGGGUCUCGCCGGGUAUCUAGUCUCGAUAUUCAAUGCUGCAAGUGGCAUCGGCCGAAUCCUACCAGGUUACGCCGCAGACAAACUCGGCAACUUCAACAUCUCAAUCUGCGCAGCGGGCCUGUCGACAAUCUUCGUCCUCGGGCUAUGGCUCCCCGGCCACUCCAACGCAACGGCCAUCGUGUUCGCUGCAGCGUUUGGAUUUAGCUCGGGCACAUACACGGCACUCAGCCCAGCCUUGGUCGCCCAGAUCUCGAAUAUCCAUGAGAUUGGCACACGGUCAGGAGCGCUGUAUGCUUUCAUGUCAAUCUCGGCCCUUGUAGGCAGCCCUAUCGGUGGUUCCUUGAUUGCGGCGGGGGAUGGCGAGUACUGGAAGUUGCAGGUCUUCACCGGUGUGAUGCUUGCGGGCGGGACGUUGUUCUAUGCUCUGGCUCGCCUUUACCUGUCCAAGGGGAAGAUUUGGGCGAAAGUAUGA